CCGACUUGUUGUAUCGUAUGCACCCUCUUUUUGCUUCUUCUCUCCUUUUGCUCUUAAGUUUUCUUAGGUCCCAAACACCUCCAUUUUCUUUCUGAUCGAUCCGUAUUCUAAGAUUUUUGUUUUAUUAUUUGUUUUUUUUAUUUUUCGUAAGAAAACUGCCCAGAAAAAUUGUUUCUGAUUUUUCUAUUCAGAAAUGAUUACAAAAUGGAGGUGAUCACGAUGUCCAGAACACCAAGUUUUAUCAGAAUUAUUUCUCAAAGAAUGAUCCAGAUGCUUGAAGUUAAAGUUGAUUCCACUCCACCCCUGCUGGUGAUCUUAUUACCACCACGAGGAAUGUAGGAAUUGUAUAUUUCCGUGACAGUGACGAGGGCAUUUUAGUCGUUUCGAAUCUGUCACAUGCAAUUAGGAAUUGAAUUGAGAAACUAAAGAGAAAAAUCAAGCAGUACUCUCCUUCGUGUUCUGUUUUGGGAUUGUCAUAGUUAAUUGAAUUCAAAAAAAGUAAAAAAAAAAAAUGGCUGCCAAUGCUACUAAUGCUACAAGUUCAUGUCCAACACCCAUGAAAGCUACCUCUAAUGGCAUAUUCCAGAGUGACAAUCCUCUAGAUUAUGCACUGCCUCUUGCUAUCCUGCAGAUUUGCAUUGUGGUUACAUUCACUCGGAUUCUUGCGUUUCUUCUCCGGCCACUAAGACAGCCUCGUGUGAUUGCUGAGAUUGUGGGAGGGAUUUUGCUUGGUCCAUCAGCUCUUGGUCGAAAUACAAACUAUUUGCACACAAUAUUUCCGGACAAAAGUCUCACAGUUUUGGAUACUCUGGCAAACAUUGGUCUGCUUUUCUUUCUAUUCCUUGUUGGUCUGGAAUUAGACCCAAAAUCUCUUCGUCGUACAGGAAAGAAAGCUUUAAGCAUAGCACUAGCAGGGAUUAGUCUCCCAUUUGUGUUGGGGAUUGGUACAUCUUUUGUCCUAAGAGGUACCAUUUCCAAAGGUGUUGAUGGACCACCAUUUCUUGUGUUCAUGGGGGUGGCUCUGUCCAUAACAGCAUUCCCUGUCUUGGCUCGUAUCUUGGCCGAGCUCAAGCUUCUGACAACCGAUAUUGGCCGGAUGGCAAUGUCAGCAGCCGCGGUGAACGAUGUUGCUGCUUGGAUUCUUCUCGCUCUUGCCAUUGCACUCUCAGGGACAGGCCAUUCUCCACUUGUUUCACUCUGGGUUUUCUUGUGUGGUUUGGCUUUCGUUGUCGGUUGCAUAAUGGUUGUCCCCCCUGUGUUUAGAUGGAUGGCGCAGCGCUGUCCCGAGGGUGAACCGGUGGAUGAAUUAUAUGUAUGUGCUACAUUAGUUACAGUUUUAGCAGCUGGGUUUUUGACAGACAUGAUUGGAAUCCAUGCCCUUUUUGGUGCAUUUGUUGUUGGGGUUCUUGUUCCAAAAGAAGGUCCAUUUGCUGGUGCUCUGGUGGAAAAAGUUGAGGAUCUUAUAUCUGGCCUUUUCCUUCCUCUGUAUUUUGUUUCAAGUGGAUUGAAGACCAAUGUUGCUACAAUUAGUGGUGUACAAUCAUGGGGUCUCCUUGUCUUGGUCAUUACCACUGCUUGUGUUGGGAAGAUUGUUGGCACUGUGGCCGUUUCACUCUUAUGCAGAAUCCCUUUUCAAGAGGCUUUGGCUCUUGGUUUCCUCAUGAAUACCAAAGGAUUGGUUGAGCUUAUUGUCCUCAACAUUGGUAAAGACAGAAAGGUUCUUAAUGAUCAAACAUUUGCUAUCAUGGUUCUGAUGGCCAUUUUUACAACCUUCAUCACAACUCCAACAGUAAUCGCAGUUUACAAACCAGCUAAAAGAGCACGCAAAGCCGAUUACAAACACAAAACCAUUGAGAGGAAAGAUCCAAAUAGCCAGCUCCGGAUUUUGGCCUGUUUCCACAGUUCAAGAAACAUUCCGACGCUGAUUAAUAUCAUCGAGGCGUCUCGCGGGACAGAAAAGAGGGAAAAACUAUGUGUGUAUGCUAUGCAUCUUAUGGAGCUGAGUGAGAGAUCAUCUGCAAUCCUGAUGGUCCACAAGGCUAGGAAAAAUGGGCUACCCUUUUGGAAUAAAGGUCUGAGAUCGGAUUGCGAUCAAAUUGUUGUGGCGUUCGAGGCAUUCCAGCAGCUGAGCAGGGUAACAAUCCGACCAAUGACAGCAAUCUCAUCCCUGUCUAGCAUCCAUGAAGAUAUCUGCGAGAGUGCUGAGAGCAAAAGGGCUGCAAUGAUAAUCAUUCCAUUCCACAAACACCAGAGGAUAGAUGGUGCAUUGGAAACCACUCGAAACGAGUUUCGAUGGGUGAACAAGAGGAUACUCCAGCAUGCACCGUGCUCAGUUGGAAUCUUGGUGGACAGAGGGCUUGGUGGAGCAACUCACAUUUCAGCAAGCAAUGUUUCUUCCAAUGUGACUGUUCUGUUCUUCGGUGGUCACCAUGAUCGCGAAGCACUCGCUUACGGGGUUCGAAUGGCUGAACAUCCGGGUAUUAGUCUCACUGUGGUACAUUUCAUAGCAAAUCCUGAUAUGUCAGGGGAGAUAGUAAGGGUCAACAUAGAGGAUGACUCCAACAACUUUGAAGGAGAUGAGAAACAGGAUGAGAAUUCCAUUGCUGAAUUGAAACACAAGACUUCGUACGAAAAUUCCAUAAGUUACCAGGAGAGGGUAGUGAGGAAUUCUGCUGAAACAAUCGAUGUGAUUCGAGAGUUCAGUAGGUGCAAUCUGUUCUUGGUUGGUAGGAUGCCUGAAGGUCAAGCAGCUUGUGGUUUGAAUGUGAAAAGUGACUGCCCUGAACUUGGUAGUGUUGGAGGCUUGUUAACUUCUUCAGAUUUUGCCACCUCAGCAACAGUUUUGGUAAUUCAACAUUACCAUGGUAAAACUUAUUCUUCCCCAGUGCCUCUAUCAAAAGUGGACGUUUUGCCCUCUGGUGAAGAUUCAGAAACCAAUUGAAAAAUAUCUGCCUUUUUUUUUUCUUUUUUUUUUCAACUUGUCCUCAAUAAAUAUAGGACCAUAGAAUAUAUGUAUAGCUCUGUUUUUAAAAAAAUAAAUAAUGAGGCAAAUUAAUUA